CCGUACAAUCAUUUGGGCUAGCGUGAAUGGCAGCGCCGCGUUUGUCUUCGUAUUGGGAAACGGAAUUCGAGCAACAACAGUGACCACCUGGGCAUCCUCCGUAACUGAGGUCUCCGGAAAACGUCAAUUUCAUUGGGACGCUGGAAAUAUAUCACAAUGGGCGGCUGGUCUUUGGAUAACCCCGUGUUUGCCAACUACGUCUUCUUCUCGGGAGUCCUUGCGCUUAAAGUUCUUCUCAUGUCAUGUCUCACAGCAUACUAUAGGGUCACGAAAAAGGUGUUUUUCAAUCAAGAAGAUGCAAAAACUAUGGGUAUCAAAGAGUUGAAAUUGAACGACCCGGACGUAGAGCGCGUCAGAAGAGCCCAUCAAAACGACAUAGAGAACAUCCCUGUAUUCUGGAUCCUUGGUCUUCUGUACAUUCUUACCGACCCUUCAGAAUCAGUCUCCAAGAUGGUAUUCCGGAUAUUCACCUUUUGCAGAAUAAUACACACUGUCUUUUAUCUCUCGGAGAAUAACAUGAGGCCUAUACCAUAUUUCGUUGCCAUGGUUGUCAAGCUUUUCAUGGCAGGGAAUGUCAUCAUCACUUUCAUGAACUGUGAAGAAGGCAUAUCUGACUUUCGUAUUCUAGCUGCACCGGUAGCAACAACACUCAUUGCUGCACGUUGUUCUAAGUAUUGGAGUCGUCAUGAUGACUUAGAUUUUGUAAGAAUAUCUAUACAGUACAAGGCCAAGUUUCUUUCCUCUCCAGAAUACAGCAUGGGUGGCUGGACUCUAGAAAACCCCGUGUUUGCCAACUAUGUCUUCUAUGCUGGAAUUCUGGCUCUGAAGGUCAUCAUUAUGGGACCCAUUACAGGGUACUACAGGAUCACGAAGAAGGUGUUUAUGAAUGAAGAAGAUGCCAAGGCCAUGGGAGCCAAAGAAGUUAAAACAAACGACGCAGACGUUGAGCGAGUGAGGAGAGCGCACCAGAACGACCUAGAGAACAUUCCAGUAUUCUGGAUCUUGGGUCUCCUGUACAUCCUGACUGACCCUUCAGUGGCCCUGUCCAAGAUUAUCUUCCGGGUGUACACCAUGUCCAGGAUCGUCUACACCGUCUUGUACCUGUCUGGGAGCAACAAGAGAGGCAUGCCCUUCAUGGUUGGCAUGGUCAUCAACGUAUUUUUGGCUGUCAGUGUCAUCAUAACUUUCAUGAAUUAAGGAAUCGUUUCGCUAUGACUUUCAUUAGUUCAUGGUAUAAGUGUCCAUUUUAAGAAAUAGUCAUAAAGUGAGAAUGUUCACUAAAUAAAAAACGUUUAAGGAAAACAUUCAGCAGUUAAGAGCGUUAAAAUAAAACAUGAUUAAAAUCUUCAUUGUCGAAAGGUAAUCAGAUUAGGUAUUUCAUAAAUUAAUGCAGUAAUGAAAGACCAAUAAAUCCCUCACCUGUGAAAGAAUUAAAGGUCAUGAACUCAGAAAAUAUGUAUUUUCAGACAGAAAUGAUAAAAAUAACUGUUAAACAUUCCUUAGUCAAAAAUAUUAAAAUUCAAACUGAUGUUGCCGCAAAGUUAAUGUCGUCGUUAAUUAACACUUUUACUUUGAAGUUUAUGCUCAAUUUUCUGCCUCAAAUUUGUUUGUGGGUUUGUGGUAGUGUUUGUCUUAUUAAGUUUAGUAUGUGACAGUAAUUUCUUCUUAAAUGGCCAGUUGCGUGUUACGAGGUAAAAUAAGCUUAGAAUAUGUUUUUAUUUGUAUGUCACGUUACUAGUCUGUGAAACAUGAUGUUCAAAAUCUUAUCAAGAUUUUUUCAACCUCCUGUAUGUAAAACAAGUUAGUUUUGAGGUCUGAACUUCAUAAGAGAGACUCUCUUCCAUUUCUUGACAUUCUGUUGUGCUUGCUACUUACAAAAGAGUACAGACUUUGUCAACAAAUAAAUUGGCCUGCAGUGUUUUUGACUUCUGCUCUGUAUAAGUCAUAUGUUGGAGUAUUAUUGUUAGUUAAUGUCAUCGUAAAGGUAAAAAGUCUGUGAUGGGAAGGAGCUUGCUUGUUUUUCAGGUCAAGUGUCCUAAUAAAACUGGUAAUUUUUUCAUAAC